AUGAAUAGAACCACCCUAGCGAUCCUACAGUACAAUGUCAACAAAUCUCGCGAUCAAGUCAUGGCCCCUCUCCUCGCUGAUGAGGAGGUCUGGCAAUACGAUGUUAUCGCCUUACAAGAGCCUUGGGCAAACCCGUUUCAGCGCACCACAUAUCACCCAGUCAAGGACCGAUUUGACCUGGUAUACAACAUAGAAUUGAAAACACGGGUAUGCUUCUUCAUUAGCUCGCGGCUCAGAGGAGCAUGGUCAUAUACGCACCACACGCCCGACCUGAGCACGCUACAUCUCCAGAUUCAAGAAGAUGAGGUCAACCGGACAAUACACGUCCACAACUUAUACAAUCCUAUUGAUCAUACGGGCGAGGAACGAGACAGCACACUGCCAGACCUACGGAAAGCACUGGAGACGGACAAGGACGGAGAACACCUGGUUUUGGGAGACUUCAACCUACACCACCCGAUGUGGGGAGGACUACAGGCCCGGAGGACAUCCGACGAAGCCGAGGAUUUACUAGACCUAAUCACGGACCACCACCUGGAACUACUGUUGCCGGUAGGCACCAAGACCCGACAAGAACGGGGCGAACCGAGUACGAUCGACCUGGUCUUCGGAACUCGUCUACUCUCAGACUGCGUCGUCAGCUGCGGUCUGUCGGGGAAAGAGCUGGACCAUGACUCCGAUCAUCUCCCUAUCACAACACUCCUAAAUGUCACCCUCACUAAACACCCGGAGCCCAAGAGACGGUUGUGGCACCAAUUGGAGGAGAAGGCCUUCCUCGAGGAAGUAGAGAAGAACCUCCAAGUCCACAAGGAAACAGACAGCCAGGCAGAUAUUGAUGAGCAAGUUAACCACAUAAUUAGAACCAUCAAUACCGCGAUCGACCGCCACUGCCCCGAAUCGAGAGUAUGCCCAAGAUCCAUUCCCGGAUGGACUCCGGAAAUAAAGGAAGCCCAGAUGCGAGCGCGUCGGCUGAGGCGAAAGUACCAGAAAAUCCGAACGCAAAAGGCCUGGGAAGAAUACACCGCUGCACGGAACCUCAAAGGACGCCUGAUAAAAAAGCUGCUGAGGAGAAAUCAUCGAGAAAGAAUUCAGGAAGCCACCGGCUCAAUACAGGGCCUCUGGAAACUAGCCAAAUGGGCCAAGAGCAGAGAGCAACGACAGUCCUUCACUCCCCCCCUGAGGGAUGGACAGGGACCAAUAAAAACCGAAACCCAAGACAAGAUCCAGCUCCUGAGGGAAAUCUUCUUCCCCCGCACGAAAGAUGCAGACCUCUCAGACCUAGAGGACUACGCCUACCCCGACCCUGUUGAGUGGCCACCGUUCACGGAAAGGGAGGUGAAAACAGCACUCUCAAUGGUAGCAACGCGCAAAGCCCCAGGCCCAGACGGGAUACCGAACUUCAUACUGAAAGCCCUUCGGAAUAUCCUCACACCUAUCCUCACUCCGCUCUUCAACGCGUGUAUCACAAAAAGCUACUGCCCAGAACAUUUCAGGAUCGCCGAAACGGUAGCUCUGCGCAAACCAGGAAAAGACGACUACACCCAGGUCAAGUCUUACCGGCCGGUGGCGCUCCUGAACACGCUGGGAAAGGUUUUAGAGAAGAUGAUCGCGAGAAGGUUCUCGGAAAUAGUGGAAAGACACUCUUUACUACCCACAACCCACAUGGGGGGAAGAAAAGGCGUUUCGACCGACCACGCCUUACACUGGCUACGGGAGAAAAUAAACCUAGAGCACAACGGAAAGGCGGUUAGAAAAGUGGUCUCGAUCCUCUCCCUAGACGUAUCUGGGGCCUUCGACAAUGUCUCCCACCUUAGAUUGAUCCAUAACCUGAGGAAACGAAAGAUAGACUGGCGGGUCGCCGGAUGGGUUGCGAGUUUCCUCCAAAACCGCAGAACCACGAUACGACUCCCUGAAGGAAAGUCGGAGCUUAUGAGCGUGGAAACCAGUAUCCCCCAAGGAUCACCGCUGUCACUGAUGCUAUACCUCUUCUUCAACGCCGACCUUAUCGAAGACUGCCAAGACCCAAAUCUUAACGCAGAAGCGGUGGGCUGGGUAGAUGAUGGGAACAUCAUCACCUGGGGAGCCACGACUGAGGAAAACUGCAGAAACCUCGAGGCCACCUACGAAAAGUGCAAAGCAUGGGAGACAAAGCAUGCGUCCAAGUUCAACCCCUCCAAAUUCAGCCUCAUCCACCUACCCAGCGCAUACAUGAAGAACAUAAACAUGGACAGCCCGGUCCAGCUGGACGGCCAAAAGGUGAAGCCAGUGACUAAGUGCCGAAUUCUCGGACUCAUCCUAGACAGCAAACUCAGUUGGGACAGUCACAUUGAAUGUAUCGAAGCCAAGACAACAAGAUCCCUGGGAGCCCUCGGCAGCCUGGCAGGAUCAACCUGGGGUACCAGCUAUAAAGGACUGCGCCAGAUAUACCAAGCAACGAUCCUCCCCCAGAUCACGUACGCUGCGUCAAUCUGGUAUGCCCCGAUGAGCGCGGGGGUACAACACCGCCGAAGAGCCAUACGCAAGCUAGAGGCAGUCCAGAGAAAGGCGGCCAGGAUUAUUACUGGAGCAUACCGAACGGUCUCAGGGCCGGCACUAGACGUCGAAGCAUAUUUGCUGCCCCUCCAACUGCACCUGGACAAAAUCACCGCCGAGACAUACCUCCAAAUCCGAGCAUCACCCCUACACCAGACCCUACAACAGAUCCAGACCCAAGGACGAUGGAAGGGCUACCAGAAUGAUUGGAAGGACCUUCACAACCGCUGGGGACCACUCGAAAGACACAAACACCGCUGCGAAACAAUACUCGGGCCAGAAGCCAUCCACAGCUUGGAACAAAAACAGCCUUUUCUCACCCCGACUUGGUGGGAAGCCCCGAACACCUGGAUAGAGGAUAGUAUGGAAAGGGCAACAAACACACACGAUCGGAUCCUGGAGAGAAACAACAGUCUCGUCUUCUACACCGACGGGAGUGCAAUCAACGAGAAAGUGGGAGCGGCAACAAUCCAACACAAUCCCAGGAAAACCCAGCAAGCGUUCCUAGGACGAAAGACCGAGGCAAACGUCUUCAUGGCAGAGCUUGUGGGAAUCCAGAUGGCGCUGGAGAUGGCCCAAUUCCUCGACAACCAGAAGGUGACGAUUUUCUCGGACAGUCAGGCCGCCAUUCAAGCGAUAGACGGGCCACACACCACGGGACAGCAGAUCAUCAGCUCGAUCAUCCAGGAAUGGGAUAAACUCCGGAGUCGGGGCGUCCAUGUAGCCAUACACUGGAUCCCGGCACAUCAAGGGAUCGAAGGCAAUGAACUAGCAGACAAGGCUGCGAAGGAAGCCACAGGAUGGAGACUCACGCGGAAUACCCGAGGACGAAACGUCCAAAUAGACACGGACUUUACAGCCCCAAGAUUGGAGGGCCUGAGACAACCCAUGUCUGCACUCAAGAGAAAGCUGAAAACACGAGCCUAUGAACAGUGGGAACGAAACUGGCACCAAGACACAAGAGGCCGCGCACUCUUCCAGAUCAUCAACACCCCGACCAAGAAAAACACAGAGAUCCACACCAAUCUAGACAAAGCGCUCUCAUCUAUAAUAACGCAAAUGAGGACGGGGCACAUAGGAUUAAGGCACUUCCUCUGUCAGAGGAAGGUCCCUGAAGUUGAGGACGGCCAGUGCCAGUGCCGGCGGGGGGAGCAGACCGUUGCACACAUCUUAUUCACCUGCCCCAGGUUUAAAGAUGAACGCAACGUGUGGCGGAACGAAGGCACAUGGUCGGCCAACCUGAAAAAGGUGCUCACUGAUGGAAAACAGGCGGCGCGAGCCGCCAGAUACAUGCUGGAAACCAAGCUCCUUGGGCAAUUUCGGAGCGUCGAUACGGAUAACUUAGCGGAGCACUGA